AUGAGUAGUCAGGAGACAGCAAAGGACUUUCUUCUGUCAUGUCCAUUCUGCGAUUUCGAAGACUACGACGCGGAAUUCCUCAGCCAGCACGUGGCUUAUUGUCAUCCUGAAGACCCAGCUGCAUCUCUGCCCACACAUAUACCAGAAGACUGGGCGGCAGCGGAAGGAAAUCUACAAGCGGCACAACCAGGCGAUCCUGUAGCUGUUCUGGACACCGAUGAUCUCUAUAUUACUUGCCCCCACGGCUGUGGCGAGGAAGUCGCCAAGACCGAAUUACAGUUGCAUUUGGAUCUGCAUGUGGCAGAAUCAGUAGCCCUAGAUGAGACAGGUGAUCUUCGUCUACAGUCUAUUGAUAAUGGUGGACAUGGCGCGGCGAGUAUGAAAGUGAUGGACGAUGCCAACAAUGACUUUGAUGAUGACAAUGACGAUCCGGGCCUACAUCAAGACGACAUAGUUGCACAUGGAAAAGAUAUCGUGCUCAAAGGAAAGAGUACAAAUAAUCGUCGAAGACAAAAGCAUGAGGCAUCAAAAUCAAGUCAGCAUGGACACAAGGGUAUCAGAAGAUUAGGCCGGAAAGAACUGGGUCCAUACGCCCACGAGAAACAGAUGCCUUCAUGGUUACAGAAAUUACUUUUGUCUGGUCAUAUAGAAAACACACAAACGAGGAUCGGUCCCAACGGAUCACUCAUCAAGGAGAAAGAUAUCGCCGAGAACGAAACCUCGAAAGUUAUUCCAACGCUGAUUGAGUUGUGUCGAGAUGAUCCCAGUGUCCAGAGGGCUUUUUUCUGCAGUCCUCGGGUUCGUCAUAUCUUCAAAUUCAUGAGAGAAGGCGGAUUUUGCGGUUAUAGGAAUAUCCAGAUGCUCAUUUCGCACAUCAUCGAUGCUCGUAUACCAGGCCACGAGCACUUUUCUGGCCGAAUACCCUCGAUAUUGGAAUUGCAAAAUAUGAUUGAGCAGGCAUGGGAUAUGGGGUUCAAUAGUAGUGGACGGAUCGAGACUGGCGGUAUCAAGGGGACCAGAAAGUAUAUUGGUACUCCAGAGGCCCAGGCUCUUUUCUUGAGUCUUGGAAUCAAAUGCAUCCCCGGUGCUUUUGCUUCUAGUCCUGGACUUCGAGCCUACGACAUGCUCCUACAAGAUGUAGCAAACUAUUUCCGAUCCGGCUGUCCUACAUCACUCCUAGAAAGCGACGAGAAAAUCCUAGAGACUAUUCUUCCGCCCAUUUACCUACAACAUCAAGGUCACUCUUUGACAAUAAUCGGCUUUGAAAUUAACACUGCCGGAAGUGCCAAUCUACUAGUCUUUGAUCCGAUGUUCAGGACGUCGCCAGCAAUCCAGCGCUUGAUUGGCAAACUGGGUGCAGCAGUCUACGGUGAUGGCGUAAAGGUCUUGGGUAUCAACGAGAACUCCAUCUGGACCGGUGCUUACCAGAACUACACUCCUACCAACAUCACUGUCAAUGAGUCGAUGAUUCCCACCAACAAUUCGCCACGCUCGUAUGGCUAUUUCGGGAAUAUAGUUCCUGACUUCGGUCAUAGUUUUGCGGAUAUGUCGGACUACAUCCGGUGGCUUGAUACAAAACAAGGAAUUACAGGAGUAACAUAUCAAGUUGAUGGUGUUAACUUUACUCGAGAGCUAUCAGCAGGGCGUUUUAGUGGCAAGAUACACACAGCCAGCUUCCCGGAUGUUUUGAAUCUCAAAAUCACAAUAAAUCGCACAAUUAACGUUGAAGCCUUGGUUGGGUGCUGCGACGUCAAACAACAAUACGUUCACGUUGGGCCUCCGAAGAUCCAAUCUUAUGGACUGGCCAGGCUCGGCUCUGCUACAACAUCAGACCCAAUUUUGAUAAUACAAGGCGCAACCGUGGUAGAUAUGUACUUUGAUGCCGAGACAAAUUUCAGAGCCGUGUUCGAUCUUAUGGCCGUUGCAAAUGCUCGUGGCAAGGCUUUGGCUUCGACAAUACAAUUAUACAGCAUCGACAAUGUGGCCGAUGGGGGCGGCGUGGCUUUCAUGGCAUAUGAUGGACCAUUACCGCUUCACCAGUGGGAUACAACGUUUACCGGUCCCUCGUUGCCUCCUAAGAAUACUUUCAUUGUCCCAGAUGACUUUACUGAUGCCGGCUCAAACGUGGCAGUCGAUAUUGCCCCCGCCAUGGAUGGUCAGUUGAUUGUUGAAGUAUUCAAUAAUCCGAUCGAAGCAGGCAAAAUUCUGGGUCUUGACGAUGAUAUUGUCUCUGCUGCAAAGGAAUUUCUACCAACUAUCAGACCACAACAUAUCGGCUCCUUAGGACAGAUCUUCGAAUGGCGAAUCGAGUAUGAAGAGUCUGCCAUUGGACAAAGACACUUUUCUCCGCUGUGGGCUCUGAUGCCAGGACGACAAUUCAGUCCGCUAUUGAACUCAACUCUGGGCACAGCAGCAGAAGUCCUCUUGGACCGCCGCGUCUUGCACGGCUCUGGAUCAACGGGCUGGUCACGUACUUGGCUCAUCAACCAGUAUGCGCGUCUAUUCCGCGGUGACGACGCUUGGAGUCAACUCAACGAAUGGUUUGCUGUGUACCCUACCCCUUACAAUCUGUACAAUACCAACGAGGGUUCCGUGGGACCGUAUCAGUUUCAGAUUGAUGAUAAUUUCUGUUUGUCAGUGGUGUCAGAGAUGCUGCUACAGAGUCAUAUUGGAAUCGUCCAUUUGUUGCCGGCACUUCCGUCUACGAUUCCUAUUGGCUCUGUUCAGGGCCUCGUUGCUCACGGCAAUCUUGUGAUUGACAUUGCUUGA